AUGGCGGCCGGGGACGAGCAUGCUGCCUCUGAAGUUUUGAGAGGGCUUGCCCGACAUUUAAACUGUCUGAACGAAGACAACAAGGCGACAAGAAAGAGGGCUCUUGAGCAAAUCAAGAGGGAGACUGUAGAUAAAGGACUUUCCAGUAGCGUCUUACAGGAGGUUUUCUCUGCCCUACUCAAGCCUCUCCUCAAAUGUCUGACAGAUCCGAUGGAAAGAUGCAGAGAAACCACAAUAGCGGUGAUAAGCGAGUUUAUUCGUUGUGUCCCCAAACCGGAGGAGUCGCUGCCUUAUCUCAUGCCGUGCCUGGCUCAGAGGCUCGGGGAGAAAGAGAUCCUGGAGCCGGCGGAGGAGCUUCGGCUGUCGGCCGUGGAGAUGUUGACUCUGACAGUGGAGGUGUGCGGGAAGCAUUUAGCGCCAUAUCUGAACGAAAUGAUCAACAUACUGCAGAGAACCAUCGUCGACCCUUUCCCGGAUGUCAAAAGAGAAAGCUGCAAAUGCACAUUAAAGUUCGCGAAGUGUGUGCCAGAGCACUUUCACAUGCAGGCUGAGAGUCUGGUCAAGCCUCUCAUGCAGACGAUUGCUCAUCAGCACUCCCGAGUACGAGUGUCUGUCAUCGAAGCCACUGGGGCAGUCAUUCAGCAUGGCACUGGGAAAAACGUGGAUGACGUACUCUCUCACCUGGCACAGAGACUGUUCGACGACUCGCCACAGGUGAGAAAAGCUGUGACUGCAGUUGUUGGCGAUUGGCUACUUCACAUGAGAGACAGAUACUCUUACUUCCACAAACUCAUCCCAAUCCUGCUGAGCAGCAUCAAUGAUGAGAUCCCAGAAAUAAGACUUCUAGCAGCUGAUUUAUGGAGACAGAUAGGCACACAGUGGGAGAAGGAGAAUGAAGACGACAUCAAGGACAAGAUGGACUUCCUCCUCACCCCACCUCCUUUCUACCCACCAGGAGUGGAGCGUCCAGGGCUGGGCUGCAGAGAGUUGGUGAUGAGAAACCUGGGAAGGCUGGUGCCAGCCAUCACCCACGAUGUAACCGACUGGCUGGUCCCCACGCGGGUCAGGACAUCUCAGCUGCUUUCUGUGCUGCUGCUCCACGCCGAGGACCACAGCACCCAGCAUAUGCAGCCUCUGCUGGCCACUCUCUACCGGGCCUGCACUGACACAGAGAGGGAUGUAGUCAGCAAUUGCCUGGCAGCUGCUAAACUGUUGGGGACCUUUGUCCCUCCAGCCGUCUUCCUCAAGCUGCUGCUGGAUCAUGUGACAACCCCCUACUCUUCCUCCCAUCCCUGGGCCCCCCUCAUGGUGCUUGCUGCGAUGUUGGGUGGCUGCUCCAAACCCCUCCUUAAACCACAUCUCGAACAGAUCGCCAACACACUGGCCCAGCCCGACGUCUGCCAGGAAUAUCAACAGGUUAUGUACUUGGAACAGUUGUUGGCCUGUGUGGAUGUGCUGCUGUGUCAGUGUGAGUCAGACUGUGGCUCAGUCAGCCUGCAGCUGCUGCAGGUGCUGGUCACUGUUCAGAGCCUCUCCACUGAAGCAAAUCUCAGUGAAAAGGCCUUGCAGAGUGUACAGUGCUUGUGUAAGGUGCAGGGCCUGGACUCAGUGAUGGAGAUCUAUAGACAACAUAUGGGCCAGCUGCUGGACUGGCUGUCUGCCUCUGUCAACACUUGGUCCAGUUACUCCCCACAGAGACUCCAACUGCAUAUCAUAGUCAUACAGUCAGGUCCAGUGAUAGGGGAGUUUGUGAGCCAGCUGAUGCUCCUGCUCCGGAGCUGCCUCCAACCAGACAAAGACCCAGAAAUGAGAAUGAGCACCUUCACGAUGCUUGCCAAGUUGCUACUGGACGCAGCCAACACACUGGAUUCCCAGGGGCAUUUCAGUGGUGAGUCCGAGAAGUUCCUGUGUGACGUCCUGCUUCCUAAUCUUGUGUGGCACGCAGGCCGCACUGCUGCUGCCGUCCGCACCUCAGCCCUCAGCUGUCUGUUGGCACUGCUGCAUGGAGGGGCCAUCACACCUGGACAGCUGCUGUGUCUGGAGGAGAAGCUGAGUCCCCAUGUGUUGUCGGCCCUGGAAGAGGACUCUCAGAUGAGCAGACUGUUGGCUUGUCGUUCUGUAUCUACCAUUCUCAGACUCAUCGGAACCAGUCUGCACCCUGAGGCCCUCAACAAGAUCUACCCUGAGCUGCUGAAACGUCUGGACGACAGCAGCGAGGAGGUGCGCAGCGUUGCUCUGCAGGCCCUUGGGCAUUGGCUGUCCAACCUGACCAAAGACUACAACCCUGAGCUCUGGGCUCCUCAUCUGCAGCUCCUCUUCCAGCAGCUCCUCCUGCACCUGGAUGAUCCCGAUGCCUCGGUGCAGGAGCAAGUGCUCGAGAUCCUGAAGAAAGGCAGCUUGGUUCACCCGGUGCUUCUGAAGAGGGAGGUGGAGGCUGUGAGAGACAAACAGCGGUGUCCUCUCUACUGCGACCAGCUGCUCCAGCACAUCAGCUCCCUGCCCACAGAGACUACAGCAGACUGUCCUGAGUGACGUGAAACUCAUACAAGACAAACACACACCGAAGUUUGUGCCUUCAUUCAGAGAACAGUCACUUUUUGUUCAUCAAAGCCGGUUUUAUAAUAAUUUAAUGAAGUAUGUUUUCACUUAAAAUGAAAGUCAGUCAUUAUUUAGCUGCUGGCCUUAAAUUCAGUGGAGUUUUUACUCUUUCAAAUGACUGAACUUUCAGUUUUUAGGUUAACUUUUCAGUAUGUAUUUUAAUGCAGAAUCUCUCCUUUACUUCAUUUGUUCAAGGAUAUCUUUUUUCUGCAUCCAUUGCAUUUUAUGAUUUUUGUUCUGAAGUUUAAUGAAAACAAACUGAUAUAUGAUGCACUGUGGUUGUGUUUACAUAUUUUAAUGAAAUCCUCAUCAGAUCUCUUAUGCUUUCCUGUAACCAAACUCUCAACAUCCCAGCCUCCAGAUGGUGCUGAGUCUGAGAUGAGCUGGCUCUGUGAUUUUGGCUUCAAAAUAAAAGUGUUUUUUUAUAUAUAUUUUGUUAAAAAGACUG